AUAUCAGGCUGGGUAUAAGUAGGGCAGGCAGCACAUCAUUGCACUAACAGCAGGGAGGGAGCUCCGGCGUUUCUUGUACGUGUUUGCCACCACUCUUGCUCCAGCCUCAGCCUCAGAAGCCUCACUCUGCCCAGGAGCUCUGGCACACUCUUGGAGAGAAAGCAACUCCCCAGCUGGACUCAGACAGCUCCAGUACCACCAUGACCCACCUGUGGCUGCUGCCGCUGCUCCUGUCCCUGACUCUGUCCAGUGUCUCUGUAAAUCUUGGCCAUUCUGCUGCAGCAGAAGUGGAUAGUGAAGAGCAGAGUCACCUGGAAGAGAUCCUGCAGAGGGCUGAGCACCUCCUCCUCCAGUCAAACCUGCAAAAAUUAGAAGAGGACGGAGAGAACGACUCAGAGUUGCAGGCUCCCCAGCUAAACUGGCUGGUGAAGAGGCAGCACCCUGGGAAGAGAUUCUCUGAGGCCUUCGAGAAGAGGCAGCAUCCAGGCAAAAGGGAAGAAGAAGACGAGGUGGAGGAGGGGAUGGAGGAUGGAGGAGCCACCAUGGAAGCCCACAAACGCCAGCACCCAGGCAAGCGAGAGGAGGAGGCCUGGGAGGCUGAUGGUGAGAAGCCAAAGAGACAACAUCCAGGUCGAAGGGCCUCCUGGGUCAAGGACAGCGAGGGGGACGUCUCCAAGCGGCAGCACCCGGGCAAACGGAAUCUGGACCUUGACAGCCAAGGCUCGGCCUUCCCUUGCAGCCCCUGGGAGUCCUCCCACUGCAGCCUCUUACUAGAGCUCUUGGAUGAGCUCAGCCGGGGCCCAGCGCCCGAGAAGAGGCAGCACCCGGGGAGGAGGUCGUCCUGGGGAGGAGAGGGAGGCCAGGAUGAAGAGGUGUAAAACCCACCAGGCUGAAGGGAGACCGUUGAACCUCUGUGUGUGGUUUCUGCGUGUGCCGUGAAUAAUACUUACAAGCUGUUGUUUUUUCUCCUACUUAAUUCUCUCAAUUCCUUGCUAGUGAUUUAUGGGCAGAAUAUCCCUUAUCUCUAGGGGUCAGGCCCAGGCUCUGAGGGCCGGGGGAAGGAGAAUGGGGAAGGGGAGGACAGGGUGGAUUCUCCCCUGAGCCAAGCCCCUUCCCAAAGACCCACCCUCAAGCGCCUCUCAGAUUAGGGGGUUUAGACUUGAGUAGAAAACAGAGAGGGACCCUUUCCCUGGGCCUGGAGCUUGUAAAGAGGGAAAGGAUGUGGAGAAGGGGCAGAGGAGCCUGACCCAGUGUUCAAGUCUCUGAAGAGAGUUCAAGUUCUCUCCAUCUCUGUCUAGUCCAGCCCAGGUAAGCUUGCUGGUAGCUGAGAUGUUUCCGGCUCCUGCUUCCCGAGUUCCAUGAAAUUCAGGUCUUUCUGGAGGAUAAAAUUCUCAAGAAGGAGUGAGGGUCAAGAAGGUGGGCAGGAUCUGUCGCCCCCACCUUUCAUCAGCAGCGAACUCCCUCUCUCCUUCCCCGAGUCUCCCCAGACUUUCUUAGUGACCCACAGAAUCCCCAUUUCCUCCUUUUGAAUAUGAGCAAGAUCUGAGGCAGGGAAGAAGAGACAACAGGCAGUGGGCAAGGCUUGGCCAUGGAAAUGGGGAGGAGAGGAGCAGCUAGUCCUUAAACUCAGGGACAUCAUUCAAGAAGGAAAUCCAAAAAGAGAAUCAACAAGUCACUAGAGGUCUUCCUGAGGAUCCUCCAUGAUUUGGUCCUUGAGGUCCCAUCUUUCCUUCCCCCUGCCUGGGCUUCAUCAGUUUCCUUCUUCAUUGGCCAAAGGUUCUUCUCAGUCCCUCUGCUCCCCCAAGAGAUGCCACCUGCAGGUUUCUCCCUGGAUUCAUUUCCUUGUUUUAUCCCCAAUAUAGGCAUCCCCGACCUGAAAUUUUGCUAAUGCCAUUUGAAUCCCAUAAAACCCAGCUUGGUAGAAAAAAACCCAAAAUUAAACGGAAGUAGAAAAGCUACUUUUCUAGGUAAAGAUCUCUUGUGGGAGAGGGAUGUUGGCUAUGGGAAGGAAUGUUUGUACAUAUGAAUGUUUUAAUAUCAAAGUGCAAGUGUGACUUGUCUGUUCACUCCAAUCCCUUUGGAAGCUUCAUAAUACUAAUAAAAAUUGCAUCUGGAUGAGCCUUA